CUGGGCCGCCGGCGCUUGUCCUGCCCUCCCCUUCCGUCUCCUCCCUGUAGUGCGUAGGACGCGUGAGGCGAGGCCCUCGGAGCCAUCGCGCUGGGGACUAUGUUGCUUCCGAACAUCCUGCUCACUGGUACACCAGGGGUUGGAAAAACCACACUAGGCAAAGAACUUGCGGCAAGAUCAGGACUGAAAUACAUUAAUGUGGGUGAUUUAGCUCGAGAAGGGCAGUUGUAUGAUGGCCAUGAUGAAGAAUAUGAUUGUCCCAUUUUAGAUGAAGAUCGAGUAGUUGAUGAGUUAGAUAACCAAAUGAUAGAAGGUGGAGUUAUUGUUGAUUACCAUGGUUGUGACUUCUUCCCUGAACGCUGGUUUCAUGUAGUUUUUGUGCUGAGAACAGAAAAUAGUGUUUUAUACAAAAGGCUUGAAACAAGGGGCUAUAGUGAGAAGAAACUAAAAGACAAUAUUCAGUGUGAGAUUUUUCAAGUUCUUUAUGAAGAAGCUAUAGCAUCCUACAAGGAAGAAAUUGUGCAUCAGCUGCCCAGCAAUAAACCAGAAGAGCUAGAAGAUAAUAUAAAUCAGAUCUUGAAAUGGAUUGACCAAUGGAUCAAAGAUCAUAACUCUUAACAUAUAAGACUGACCACUUUACAAUUACUCUUGUUGAUAUCUCUCUGCCCACAUCAUAGAAAAUGUUUUAAUUAAAAUUGUGUUGCAGGACUAGUAGGUGGAUAAUGUGAAGGUUUAUGCCUAGGUUUCUUUUUCUCCAUGAGAGAGCUAAACAACCUAAAUUUUAUGAAUACAAUAUUAUUAAGGAUGGAGAGUAAAAAGUGUCAUUGUUUAAUGCUUCAAUUGCUAAAGAAUAAAUAAAUCUGACCAAAUGGGUGGAUAUCUUUUAAGUUUGCAACAGAAGAAAAUACAGAUGAACUCUUAAAAUAAAACUAAAGACUAAAGAUAAA